AUGACUAGAAAAUCAGCAGUUCCCAUGUUGGCAUGUUUCCUUCAACUCUGUGUUGUAAAUGGGCAGACAAUAUGUGAGAGGCAAACGACUGCUGAGUGGCGAGUGAAACCAAAACCUACCAUUGUAAAAUGGACACCAAGGGAAAAUGUCUGCUCAGACUUUUACAACGAAUGCUGGAAGAUGAAUAAAAGUAUUACCGAGGAAAUCUUGGAAGAACAAAACCUCAGUAUCCCACAGAUCUGUCCCUUACAGCUUCAAGUAGGGGAUAGUCUCUUCAUCUCCUCUGAGCCAACCUUUCAGUCCUACAGCAUGAAUCUGGUAAAUGUCUCCAAGGAAGAGUUUAUUAACUGCCCUAAAGCUGAUUUUCGUCAAGAGCAGUUGGUUUUUGUUUGCCAGAUAAGAGGACUGCACCAAGUUGACCCUAACUGGCUUGGUGUUGGAACUCAUUACUUUGCAGAACUUCAUAGAAGAGGCCCACGGUUGUGCGACAUGGGGCUCCGGCUGAACGUAACCGUCAAGCAGCAGUUUUGCCAACAGGCUCCAAAUACUCCCUUAUGCUCUGGGCAUGGAAAAUGUCUAAGCCAUGUUUGGGAAAAAGCAUAUCAUUGCCAUUGUUUCUCACAGUAUUCUGGAACAUUCUGCCAGAAGUUUGAUAUCUGCUCUACUAAACCUUGCCACAACAAUGCCUCCUGCACUGAGAAACCAGAACUUUCUGCAGAUCCUUACGAAUGCACGUGUCUGCCAAAAUUUGCAGGUAAAAAUUGUACAGAAAUAGUGGGACAGUGCCAGCCAUCUACAUGUGUCAAUGGCAACUGCAUCAAUGUCACUCCAAACACUUUUCUUUGUGAAUGCAACAAGGGCUUUACAGGUUCAUUUUGUGAGGAACUUGCUGAUCCUUGUGCAACUCAGCCAUGCCUGAAUGGAGGCAUAUGCCAGUAUAAUCAGUCUGGAUAUGUUUGUGAUUGCCCUUCUGGUUUUCUUGGUCACAAGUGUGAAAUUGAUAUCAAUGAAUGUUCUUCAAAGCCAUGUCAGAACAGAGGUACAUGCAUCGAUUUGCCAAAUGAUGUGGCAUGUGUCUGUUUGCCAACAUUCACUGGCAAGUUCUGUGAGAGAAUACUGAAUCCAUGUGACUUCUCUCCUUGCUUAAACAAUGCAACUUGCAUAGCUCAUCAGCAGAACUAUAAUUGCCGCUGCAUGCCAGGAUUCACUGGAAAGAACUGUGAGGAAGUAAUAGACUACUGCAGGCUGCUCAGCAUCAACUGUCUGAAUGAAGGAUUGUGUCUUAAUAUAAUUGGAGGAUUCACUUGCCUCUGUGCACCUGGAUGGACAGGAGAAUUUUGCCAAUUUGCUGAAAAUGCAUGUUUAAUUUACCCAAAUAGUUGUUCUGAUGGAGCAACUUGUGUCGACAUGAGCCAGAUGAGAGAACAGCCUUUGUUCCAGUGUUUGUGCCCUCGUGAUUUCACAGGAGAAUUCUGCGAGGUGCAAAUUGAUAACUGUGGUUCCUAUUCAUGUGAAAAUGGAGGAACAUGUGUUGUCUAUGAAGAUCAUUUUAAGUGCACUUGCCCUGUAGGUUUUGAAGGUGAAAGAUGUGAACUCGAUAUUGAUGCCUGCCUAUUCAACAAUAUAAGCUGUGCCCCAGGAGCACUCUGUAUGGAUAAAUCUCAUGGAUUUAAUUACACAUGUUUAUCACCAUGUAUUGGAAACACAGAGGUAUGUGCAAAUGGAGGGAGCUGCUUCUACAAUGAAGAAAACCAAAGACCUCACUGUGUUUGUGCUCUUGGAUGGACAGGACAAACAUGCCUAGAGAAUAUUAAUGAGUGUGAGGGAAACCAGUGCCAACAUGGAGCCACAUGUGAAGAUGGAAUUAAUAAAUACAG